AUGGGCCAGCAUGAGUUUGAGAAGAAGCUGAUGGCGGCAGAGAGCAACAGGGCGCGCGAUGAUUGCUUGGAGCUGCUGCAUUACGUGCGAAAAGAGAAACUGCGUGAGCCCCACGCAGUUGCGAGCAUCGGAAAGUUGCUGGUGACGAAGCACAGCUGGGGACUUGGCGAUGAAUUAUGGACAGUGUACGAACAGACAUUCAUUGCUGCUCUGGAUCUGCACGAUGACGAGCUGUCCGAGACCUGCUUGAAAGCAUUGCAGACCAAGUUCCCAGGCAGUUCUCGUGUUGCGAGACUCGAAGGAAUGCAAUUGGAACAGCGUCGUGAGUUUACGAAAGCACUGGCUCUAUACGAUGAGCUACUAGAGGCCAAUCCAGCCAACGCCUUGGUGUUUAAACGCAAAAUUGCGGUGCUAAAGGCACAGAGAAAGACGGCAGACGUUGUGACUGCAUUAAACGAGUUCUUACGCAGCUUUGGAACGGAUCAAACAGCUUGGACGGAGCUUGGUGAGACGUACUUGUCCAUUGGAACGUAUCGUUACGCUGCCUUUUGCUACGAGGAGUUGGUGCUGUUGAACCCCAUGGAUGCCAUCUCCCACAGUCGUCUAGCUGACAUCUAUGCCACAAUUGGAGGUCUGGACAAUCUGCUGAAAGCACGUAAACAUUAUGCACACUCGCUCGAGCUGAAUAAAAAGCAAAACCUACGUGCAUCCUUUGCGCUGGUGGCAUGUACUAAGGCCAUUGCAACGCAGCGUGGCUAUCGCGCAGACCAGGACGAUGGUGGAAUCAACGGGCGCCUACAGAACUUCGCGCUCGAUUAUAUUCAGGACUUUUAUGCAGUGCACUCAUCCCCCGACCUCGCUGAGAUUGCGGAAACUGCACUUAUGGCGCUCUAG